UGGGUGGGAUUAGCGGGAGGGACGGCCCUGGACGACAGCGUGGGCCCCCGGUGCUGAAGGCGGUGCGCGGCGGAGUCCUGCCCGCCGGGCCCGGGGGGCGGCUCCGGCCCGGGGAUGGGCUGGAGGGUUCUCACUCCCGUGCCUCGGGGGAGUGGCACUUCUGUUCCUCAAUGGAAGAGGUGUUAAAAACUGCCCAUGGCACUAUGGAAGCACUCAGACAAAACAGUCAUCCGCUGACACCCCUGAGGAAUUGCUGGGCAAAGUGAAGGAAAUGAAGAGCUUCAACCAACGCUUCAGUAUGGCAGCAGCUGAAUCUGACAAAGACUCCGGAUAUUCAGAUGGAAGUUCUGAGUGCCCAAGUGCUAUGGAGCAGACGGACUCUGAGGAUGUGCUGAAUGCUCUGUGUUGGAAUGCGGAGGAUGGACCUUGGCAAUGCCCGCGGACCACAAGCAGCUCCUUUCCUGCCCUGUCUCCUAUGGUCGUUAUGAAAAAUGUGUUAGUUAAGCAGGGGAGUUCAUCACAGCUCCAGUCUUGGACUGUGCAGCCAUCCUUUGAAGUGAUUCCAGCUCAGCCACAGCUAGUGUUUCUUCGUCCAUCAAUCCCACCUCCCAUUAAUCCUCACCCUGAUGGGAAAAAGAGAAAUGACUCCACUAAUUAUCUGCCCAUCCUGAAUUCUUUUCCCAAAAUAGCACCACAGCCCUGCAAAAGAGAUCACUCUUUUGAUCUAGAAGAAUGUCAGGAAGCCACUUGCCAUAAACGACUCUGCACAGAAGCACCCAAGAUGGAAACUUCUCCUGUACUGAUGAGCACAGGCUUGCCUACUAGUCCUUUUUCCCACGUACCAGUUAGCUUUAAGACCCCUCAGGAUUCUAACCAGCAAAGUUCUUCAGCUCUGGUGACAAGUGGAAAACUGUCAGCUCUUCCUGGUUUUCAUCGUGUUUCCAGUGACACUCAGAAAGUGCCAGGUUUGACUCCCCUUUUGCCUUUUGGAACUCUGCAGGCAACAAAGUGCACCCUUCAUGAGAGCGAGAGUGCAUCACAGACUGCAAUGCCUUCUGCAGUGUGGACCCCUCCAUUGAUACCAGAAGAGAUUUGCACUACCCCUGAGCUGCUCUUGCAACAACAAAGCAAGUGCAGACGCUUUCAGAAUACGCUUGUUGUGCUACGCAGAUCGGGAUUGCUGGAGAUCACUUUAAAAACCAAGGAGCUCAUUCAUCAAAACCAGGUGACACAGGCUGAGCUGGACCAGCUGAAGCACCAAACACAGCUUUUCAUAGAGGCAAUUAAGAACAAUGCUCCACAGUCAUGGGCAGAGCUAGAAGCAUCUCUAACAGGAUCUGAUAAGGCUGAUAGCAACCUUGAAGACCCCACUUAUCCCAACAUGUAGUAAAAAUGUGCUUAGCUGUUGGUCAAGUUACUUUUGUGCCUCGUUUUUCCUGUCUCAAACUUUCUCAAAUCUUUGAGUCCAAGAUUUGCAAAGUUGCAUUGCCAUUAACAAUUCGUCUUUAGAGCAAGCUGUAGGACUGGAAUAGCAUGGUGGGUUCUAGACAGAAUGGGUACUUAGUACUGCAGACUGACCUUGAAUUUCAUGCUUACUCUGUGUAAUUCCUUGGGCUGAAGAAGUUCAUAUGUGCUCUGCUGGCAUGUUCCCAUUGUUGAAGUGAAGACAGUAAUUUGCAAUAUUCUGCAAGCAUCUUCUUAUUACCUUCUUCAGAUAGUUGUUUCUGAGAGUGCAGCAGCAGAACAGGCCCCACUGUUGGGCCGUCAUCAGUUCCAAGCAGGUGAAGGGAGUUGGUGUGAGAUGAAAUAAGUUCUUCUCCCAUCCCCCCCCCCUUUUUUUUUUUAAUUUAGAGAAAUCAGAUUAAUGUAGUGAGGGUGGGAGGUAUGUCAACUUGGAUAAACUUGCUAAAAAUUUUAUCUACCUAAAUUUGUACUUCAAAAGCAAACUCCAAAACAUUUUUUCCUUCAUAUAGAUUGAUAGCAUUCCUAGGCUGCUUGCCUUGAGACAUUGCUAAUACCACAGUGUGCAUAAGAUACUGACCUUGCUGGCAAGAACCACAGUAG